GCAAAGCAAGCCAAUAUCGUAGCAGAAGAGACGUCCAGUCAGUCCAGAGAAGGUCCGACCGGGACACAAUCAUCCAGCAGCUCGUCGACACUGAGGUCGACAAGGUUCAGCUCAGAGCCACAGAAGACGAAUCAUUACCAGGGAUCCUUCAGUUUAAAGCUUUUCCAUCCAUCCCUGCAGGACAGGUCGUCCUCACUUCCUCGGAAGAUGGCGGUCUCUCCGGAGGUCACUGUCUCCAGAGGAGAAGACAUCGUCCUCAACUGCUCCUUCACUCAUCCAGAUCAACAGUUCUAUUCAGGGGCGAUCACCGUCAAGUGGUUGGCCAGAGCAUCGAACGCUGCGCCGUUCUUCAGCUGUUCACUUAAAAAUGACUCGACGGAGAGACUCAGCGACUGUUCUGGAUUCAGAUAUUCUCUGGCAGGAGAUCCGCGGAGGGGGGAGCUGUCACUCCUCAUCAAGAAGGUUGAGCUGAAUGAUGAUGGUGAAUACUUCUGCCGAGUGGAGCUGGACCGACAGAAGGAAUAUCUCCAAAAAGAGACAAAGCUUCAUGUCACAAGUGAACCUCAGAUCCUGAGCCUCUUGGUGGUGGCGACACCCUCCACCCCAGACAGCGCCACCCGGAGGCUGCAGUGUGAGGCGGAGGGCCAUCCGCGGCCCAAAAUAGUGUGGUUGUCGGCCUCCAGGUUCCUGAUAGACGACCAGGGGGAGGAGUCUCAAUCCGGUCCAUUCCGACUGAUCAGCUCCGUGGCGUACCUGGAGGGGGCGGACCUAACCUGCAGGGCGGAGAACGCGCAGGGCCACGCAGAGAGGACCUAUCCAGUAUAUCCAGUAACCAGUCACACUCUGAUGAUAGCACUGGUGGUGAGUGGCCUCAUGGUGGCGCUGCUGCUCUCUGCAGGAGUCAUCAUCCUCUGCUGCACGAACAGAGCUCCAGUCGACUCUUCGCCUGUUUAUGGAAACGCUGAAGUAGUGUUGAACCAUCGACAGCGAGCGUCCGACUCUGCAGCUGACGGAGGCGCCGACAUUCAGCUGGUUUAUUCAGCUGUGGGCCUGAACAGCGCCGCUGCCCCUCCGCCUGUUCAUCAGCGGUUGACCUCCACCUGUCCACAGCAGGAGGCAGGCGUCCUGUAUUCUGCCGUGAAUGUUCAGCAGUGAGUGGGUAUGACAAAUAUCCUCUGAUAUGAAAAUACAUAAUAAUAAUAAUAAUAAUAAUAAUAAUGAUAAUCUGAUAAUUAGAAAGACAUAAUUUUGCACAUAUUGUGUUGUUGUUGUUUAUUUCUUCAUCCAAGACUCGUGUUGAUCACUUAGCAAAUAUACUAAGAAAAUGUGAAAAAUGUUAAUAAAUGUUUUUUACUUAAA